CGGAAGCGGAGGCAGCCAGUCGCUUGCUGGUCCUCCGCUUACCCGGAAGUUGGAGGUGACACCGGAGCCAUGAAGCGGGACGUGAGGAUCCUCCUGCUGGGGGAGGCCCAGGUGGGGAAGACGUCCCUGGUUAUGGCUCUGGUGGGCGAGGAAUUCCCUGAUGAGGUCCCGGCGCGCGCCGAAGAAAUCACCAUACCGGCCGACGUCACCCCGGAGCGAGUCCCGACGCACAUCGUGGAUUUCUCAGAAGCGGAGCAAACGGAGGAGGAACUCCUGGAGGAAGUAACAAAGGCGAACGUCGUGUGCGUGGUGUACGACGUCACGGACUUAAACACCAUCGAGAAGAUCUCAUCCAAAUGGAUCCCCCUGGUGAACGGCAACGCAGAACGGAAUUACAGGCUUCCCAUCAUCCUAGUGGGCAAUAAAUCCGACCUGCAGUGCGGCAGCUCCAUGGAGGCCAUCUUACCCAUUAUGAACCAGUUCUCUGAGAUAGAGACCUGUGUGGAGUGUUCAGCAAAAAACUUGAAGAAUAUCUCUGAGGUCUUCUAUUACGCCCAAAAGGCGGUUCUGCACCCCACGGCACCGCUGUACGACCCCGAGGAGAAGCAGCUGCGGCCGCAGUGCAUUAAAGCUCUGACCCGAAUCUUCAGCAUCUCCGAUCAAGACAACAACCAGAUCCUGAGCGACGCAGAACUCAACUAUUUCCAGCAGUCCUGCUUCGGGAACCCGCUGGCGCCCCAAGCCUUGGAAGACGUGAAGAUGGUGGUGAGGAAGAACACGGCAGACGGCGUGCGGGAGAACGGACUUACACUGACCGGCUUCCUCUUCCUGAACACCCUGUUCAUCCAGCGCGGCCGCCACGAGACCACCUGGACCAUUCUCAGACGCUUCGGCUACGACGACGCGCUGGAGCUGACGGAUGACUACCUCUACCCCCCGAUCCGCGUCCCUCACGAUUCCUCCACCGAGCUCAAUCACUUCGGGUACCAAUUCCUGCAGAAGGUGUUCGAGAAGCACGACCUGGACGGCGACGGGGCUCUGAGUCCGGGCGAGCUGCAGAGUUAUUUCAGUGUCUUCCCCUACACCCCGUGGGGGCCGGAGCUUCACAGCACGGUGUGCACGGGCGAGCGGGGCUACCUGCCUCUGCACGGCUACCUGUGCCAGUGGAUGAUGGUGGCGUACCUGGACGUCCAUCGAUGCCUCGAGCACCUCGGUUACUUGGGAUACCCCAUCCUCUGCGAGCAGGAAAGCCAGACUCAAGCCAUCACGGUCACUCGGGAGAAGAGAAUAGACCUGGAAAAAGGACAGACGCAGAGGAACGUUUUCCUGUGUAAAGUCAUCGGCCCCCGGGGGACGGGGAAAUCUGCCUUCCUGCGGACGUUCCUGGGGCAGAGCCUGGAGGAGCAGCUGCAGAGGCGUCACGAGUCUUCUCUGUACUCUGUGAACACGGUGCUGGUUGGAGGUCAAGAGAAAUAUCUCAUUCUCUUCGAGGUGGACGUGGACACGGAGUUUUUGAAGGCAUCAGACGCUGCCUGUGAUGUCGCUUGUCUCAUGUAUGAUGUCAGCGAUCCAAAGUCCUUCAAUUACUGUGCCAGCAUCUAUAAGCAGCACUACAUGGAGAGCCAGACGCCAUGCCUGUUCGUGGGCUGUAAGUCCGACCUCGGGGAAGUGAAGCAGCAGCACGGGAUCUCGCCCUCCGAGUUCUGCCACAAGCACCGGCUGCCCCCGCCGUAUCACUUCACCUGCCAGGGGGUCCCGGACAAGGUCGUCUACAACAAGCUCGCCACGGCUGCUGCCUUCCCCCACCUGCAUGACACGGAGCUCAGUACCGCGUCAUUCUGGCUGAGAGUGGCCCUGGGGGCCACAGUCGCCGCCGUUGUUGGAUUCACACUCUUCAAAGCGCUGCAACGGAGCAAAUGACCCGCAGCGUCCCCUCUAACCCGAUGACUCUGCCUACAGACGUU